GAACCAAUCAAAAUACUCCUUUUAUUACACACAUCAGCAUCUCCAAAAUAGUAAACAAGAACUCAAAGACGUGGCAAAGCUCAUGUUCAGAAGAACUGCGUCAAUAUUAGCAAACAAUACCUAUUAUUUACACUGAUCGCAUCGAGGUUUUGAAUUAAACCAGUGAUCUUCAGUAUGGCUAGUCUCUACCAGACAGUGAAAGCAUGUAUCGUAAAGACACCACCAUCAGAGCAAGUAGAGUUUGUUACUAAAGAAACAGAGGAAAGGGUAGAUAACCCAGAGUUUGUGAAGGAAACUGAUGCUCAAGAUUUCUUAUCCAAUAAAAAAACAGAUGAACAGUCAGAACAAAAAGCACAAGCAGGAGUGAUAUGGAGGGUGUCUAGUGGCCUUGGUUCUGGUUUAUACAAUGUUACAACAGGAGCUGUCGGCUAUGGAGUGGGUAGUGUAAAAUGGGUUGCUGGGAAAAGUUACGAUGUUGGUACCGCAGUAGCAAGUCAUGUAAAAGUGCCUUCAGUGCCGCUGCUGUCAAAGAAAAAAGAUAAAAAGGAGUAGCAUGAUUUUGUUCAUAUGAUAGUUUUGUAAGACUUGUUUUGAUUGGUCAGUUUGUGAUAUAUGAUGAAAUCCUGUAUUCUUAAGCUCAUUUAAAUGGUGUGGUGCAAUGUCUCGACAGAAAGUUAAAGCUGGACUACUUUUUAUACAGAGACGAUUAUGAAGAAUUGUGUUCAUGGCUUUCUUGUUGCAGUAGUGGUAGUAUGAAGUGGAUACAUUGAGCUGAAUGUGCUAAUUUGGACAGGGUGUUAGAAUGGAGAUGUGGUGUGAUACGUCACCUGUUGAUAAAAUGUUGUAAAAUUUACAUGUUUGUGUUUAAUGAAAACUUUAAGCAUGUAUUAGUUUUUAUAUGUACAAAAAAUUGUUAUGUUUGAUAUAUUGUAUGUGUUUGGAAAAAGCAAUAUGUUGUAUACACAUAAAUAUUAAUAUGGUGAUCAACCAAUCAUUUCUCCCAUUUGAUCUGAUUCAGCCAAUAGGAUAGGAGAUAUAUUGUAAGGUUAUAUUUAUGAAAUGUCAAGAAUUUAUUUUUUAAUUUUUUUUUUGUCACAGAAGUGAUAAUCAUGUAAUAUGCAUUUAAAGAAUAUUAUAAAGUGUAUUCCGGUGCUUUAUUGUGUUAUGAGGGCAGGGUUAUAUAUUCAAUGAUUUCUCUUUUGGUAUAAUGAAACAAAUAAUAGUCGAAGUAUUUGGAAAAUCAUUUUUUUAAAGUCUUUUUGUGAUUGUUUAGGCAGAAAGUUUCAAAUGGGUGGAGGUAAAUUUUUAUGUCAAGUCUUGGUACUGGAAGUUAUUCAGGAUUUAAAGACUCAACAAAAAUCAGAGAUAUAUUUUACAAAAAUUAUUAUAAGGCAUUGAUAAUACUUGAUUGAUGAUUUUAUUGUCAAAUAAAUUCAUGCAUUUGUCUUUUUAAGUUUAAUGGUUAGAAGGAGUCAACAGUUUUCCAUUUUAGUCAAUGUAUAGUAUUUAAGUAUAUGUUAUAUUAUAUAUAAUUUUGUUCCUUUAACUGGUCACUUUUUUGUCAUAAAGAUGAGAAUUAAAGUUUUUGUAUGACAGGUAUAUUUUUUAUGAAGUUAUAAAUGUAUAUGUUUUACAAAUUAUAAAGAAUUUUCUUUGAAUAAGUUGCUGUAGAUAAAUUAGGCUUGCUGGAUUUAGUUUAACGUGGUAGUACAAAUGCAAAUUGUAAUCAUAUCAAAUUAUAAGUUAACUUGUUGGUCGAAUCCACUUUUUUCACUUAGAAAUAUUUUUAUAUUAGUAAAAAUAGUAUUCUAUAAUUAUGUAGCAGUAUUUUAUUGUGUUAUGUAUUGUUUACACUUGUAGUGUGACCAGUAUUUUAGAAAGAAAAUAUCUUCUUUUUUUUCAUUCACAAGUAAAAAUCAAAAUUAUCGAGAAUAUAUUUUUUAUUCAGGUAAAGAAACAAAAGAAAAAUCAAAACAUAAGGAUAUAGGAAUAAACAAAAUAAUAGAAAUUUGGGCAAUGUUUUAGUUUACUAUGUCUUACUGAUGUUAUGGUGAAAAAAAUCUUGCUAUUGUUUCUUUUUGUUUUGUUUUUUUAACUGAGUAAGUUUUGGAAAUCAUAAAAGGACAAUCAUGAAGUUAAACUGUUUCGGAAUAUCAUGUCACACAUAUAUGAUGACCUGAAAGAUAUAUAUAGGAAGUGUGCUAGUCUGAUUUGUUGUAUUGAAGAAAUCUGAAGACAAAAAAACAAAACAAAAAACAAAACGAAGGAUUUUUUUUAAACUCAUGAAUAGGCUACACACCAAGUUAGUACAGAUUCAUUACAUAACAACUAAAGCAGUAUCAAGUACCAUAUAUUGGAAACUUCAUACAAGUGUGUUUGUUUGUUUAUGUUGAAAGAAAUUUUAUUUUUUAUUAGAAAACUGAUAUGUGUAUAGUUAAAAGAUUUAUUUUUAUACUAAACAAUAGAAAUUAUCCAUAACAGAGAGAAAAGAAGGCUAUUUUAAAUUUGUUUAUUUGUUUUCACUUGAUGAUAAUGUUAAUGGCCAAUGGCAAGGAUUUUGCAGAGUUGCUGAAUUAAAAACAUGAAAGUAUUAACAGAAACAGGUGUGCAAUAUUUUGAAAUAUGAUUAUAUAUGUAUGUUCCCAAUAUGUCUUAAUGCAAUUUAGAUAGAAAUAAUAUCAGUAUAAAGAAAGUAUUCAUAAACAGGCCUUAAAUAUGGUUAAAAAAAGAGAAAUCAUAUCAGUGUCAUUUAUUGUAUACUUCACUUCUAGUCAGGACUUGUAAUACAUGGAAUUCUUGUUAUGCAAAUAAAUAAUCAAGAGAAAUAUUGCCUUGAAAGUAUUAACGAAAUAGGUAUGCCAUAAGUAUUUAUAUUUACAUCAUAUAGAUUUUGUACCAAAUAUAAAUAUUUGAUAAUUAUUAUGUAAUGAGUCCCCAGAAGUAACUAAUCUUGUUGUUCUUACGAUGCUAUUGAAAUGUUUUGAUUCUCAACUUUAUUUGUAAGUUUGUCUGAAAGGUUUAGACACAUGAUGUACCUGUAUGUUCAACAGCUCAAAACAAAGAAUUUUGUUUCAUUUCUGUUUAUUUAACUUUUAUGUACAUGUUGUAUUAACAUUUUGUCUUUUGUUCUUUAUUGUUUUAAAAAUUUUCUUUGUACAUUUAUAUGUUUAUUUUAUUUACAUUUUUUGUUGUUGAUAAUGAUUAUAUGAUUGCUUUAGUUCUGAAUGAAUGUAUUUUCUUUUUUGUACAAAUCUCAUAUAGUAUUUAGUGUUGAGCUAUGGUAUCAGGCUAGACUGCGUUAAUUUUUCGUUUACAUAAAUCAGUUUUUAAAGAUGAAUGAGUUCAAUACAGAGAAUUAGACCAAUAUCUAAUUCUUUCAUACAACAUCUUUUUAUUAAGCAUUACAAAUCUUUAUAUAGCUAGUAUAGUUACAAAAAAAAAGAAAAAUGUACAAAAAAUGAGACAUGAAAUGUUGCAUGAUUUUUAGGUCAAAUUGUAUUGUCAUCUUUUUUUCUUCAAACCAUUUAUAAUAUUGCAAAGUAUAGAAAAUUAGCAAGAUUGUUACCUUGACUCUGCUGUGCCAUGAAAUAUAGGGCAAGAUUAUACAUUAAUACAUACUAGUCAUUAUUUAAAUAGGUUAGGGAUACUGUUGUUUUUUAUUGAGAACAGCCAACAAUUGUUUGUGUAAGUUUUGUAUGUAUGUGUAAAAGUGAUUCCUUCAGUAUUUUCAUUUUAUUUUCUUCAGACUCCCAUUCUCAUUUUUGUUCCUAUUUUGUAACAUUGAUAAUUGUGACUCACCUGUGCUUGAAAACAUGUUAAUUAACCCUUAAAGUGCUGGAACCAGUAAAUGUAGAUGACAUUUGUUCUUUAUUUAGAGAAAUUGUCCUCAUUGGCAUGUUGGACACUGAAUUAUGCUUAAUGGAGAUAUACAUGAUAUUUCAUUAAGCUUUAUGUCAUUUAUAACAUGUUAAUCAUUAUGAAAACUCAUAGCUAAAGUCAGUGAGAUAUAUUUGAUAUCAUUCAUUUGUACAAAUAAAAAUAAGAGAAAGAUGCAAAUUUGUUUGAUAUCAUAAACAUGAAGUGCUUGUAAAAUUAUAUCAUAUUUUUCAUUGGCAUUUCUUCUCUCUUGUACUGCCUAUAAGUGUGGGAGAUGUUUUUCAAAGCAUCACUUUAUAAUGAGAUAUAUUCUGUAUUCACUCAAAACAGAGAAAUGAGAAAUAUUUCUCCUGUGCAUACUAUCAUAAUUUCAUUCUUACUUUUUCCACAGGCAUUUGGCUCCUUUGAUUGGUCUAUUAUGAUUGUACACACAGUGACAUACCCUCGUGUACUAAUUGAGCCACGCCAUGCGCAAAACCAACAUAGUGGGUUUGCGACCAUCAUGGAUCCAGACCAGCUUGCGCAUCCGUGCAGUCUGAUCAGGAUCCAUGCUGUUCGCUUACAAACCCUAUUACAAGUAGAGAAACUGACAGCGAACAGCAUGGAUCCUGUUUCAUAUAAUAAACUACAAACUGGAGCUAAUUGCCUGUGCAACCUUCAUGAAGAAUGUAAACACUUAAGAAACAUAAAUGUUAAAAUGUGAUUAAACACUUAGUGCCAAUAUGUAAUACAAGGUUGUAUUUGAAUGUUUUUAAAUUUUUUGUUGUUGUAUAUUUUGUUUUCUUGUUAUAUCAUUGUGUGAAACAUUAGAGAUUAAAGUAGUUCCAUAUUAUUAUGCCAAUAGGAGAGAUAGGUAAUGUUAUCUCAACAAUUUCUUAUUUUGUGAGAUCAGUGAUUUAUAUAAUUCUUAUUAUUGAUGUGAAUUGUUUAUUGUCAAUAAAAAGAUUUCAGUUAUCUUCUUAACAUGGAUUUUCUUUGAUAUAUAGCUUGCACUAAAGUUAAAAUAAAGUGUUUAAUUUUCAAUAAUUUUAUUGCAAGUAUUUCUUUUUUAAUUCCUCUGUGUUAAAGAUACUUUUAUGAUGUUUAAAUCAGUAUAUUUUUUAUGUUUUCAAGAAAGCAUUAAAAAGAGUUUCCUACGAAGUUGAUGAAUAAAAUCAGAAAUUUUGUUGGCACUAAUUUCAUUUUUGUGUAUUCUCAGGAGGAAAAGAACACUUUAUUUCUAUAAAUUGUACUUACUGUACUUUUUAAUGUUGAUUUUUUUGUUCAGAGUAUUAGAAUGUUAUCUUGAAAAGUAGUAAAGAUGUUUAGUAAAGUAUAUGCAAGCACAAAUUAUUGUAUGUAUAUUUUGAAGUAAACAUGGUGAGUUUUGUCAAAUAAUUCAAACUUUUGCUAUAUGGAUGUGCCUUCAUGUAUAAUUAUAAAUUUAGGUCAUUUAAUUCUGUGUACAAGUUUUCUUGCCUCAAAUUCUUACCUUAAAUCUUAUUGAUUGUUUAUGUUAAAAGUCUUUAAGCGGUCAAAAUAAUUUGAAUUUUAAUUACAAAAAAGGCUGUUAAGUUGAAAUGUAGGAAUAAAUUUGAUUUUAUUUCUAUAAUCUAUGUAUUUUAUGUUGCUAGUGGCUGAUUUUGUGUUGGGGGACUUUAAAUCAGCUGCCAAAUCACAGUUGUGAGUGCAAAUAUGUCAGUAUCUUCAGAUUCUUUCUUGGAAAUCUGUGGUUGUACUGUGGUGCCCUCGUGUCCCUGAAAUAAUGCACAUAGGGCACCUGAGGUCUUCCUCCACCUGUUGUCACUUUUAACAAUACAAAACAAAAAUUGUUACUUUUAAAUAUGAAUCUUAUCUAUUUCUGAUUCCCAGAUACAGAAUCUCACUAUAAAGAGAUUUUUUUUAAAUUUCAUAACAGUGGUCAAUUUUAUUUUGAAAAUUAUUCAUGGUGGAUUGCAGUAUUAAAUGUUUUUGUAACAUUAAAAAAAAUCCACCUGAGAUGUAAGCAUGCAAUUACUAUAUAUGAUAUAAAUUUACAUGUUAUAAAUAGUAUUUAAAACCCCGAAAUAAGGACCAUCUCUAUAUAAUAUUCAUUCAUAUGAGUCAUACAGACACAACAUCAUAAGGUCCUUAUUUUUUACAAUUUAUUCAUAUGGAUGUUAUAAUUUUUAUAUUUCGUUAUUAAUGAAAAAUUUUUCAAAAUAGUGUAACAUGUUUAAAAUUUCACUACUUAUGUAAACAACCCUACUAUAUUUAUUUAAAGUAAUCACACUCCGUGAAUAAUUAGUUGUAAGAAAAGCUUAAAUUUGACAUUUUGAUUUUGCAAAUUGUAUAAAAAUCAAGAUUUUUGCUAUAAUUCAAGUUAUUUGAAAAGUAGUGUAUUCUAGUGUUAUAGUAUAUAUAGUAUUCUAUUUUGAUUAUUUAUGUGUCUUAAUUUUAUAUAACAUUGAAACUUCUAUGUAUUUUGAAGGAUUUUGUGAUAAAUUUAUUUUUAAAUAUAAAAUCUGUCCAAGUUGCUUGCUGUUAUAAGCUGAUAUAAUCCUCCACAUUUAAAUCAUCAAUUCAUAUAGAAGACCAUUUGUUUGUUGAUAAGUGAAUUCACUGAUACUGAUGAUAACAACAUUUUAAUAUGACCUUUUGAUGAUUAUUACAAUGAUGAUGAAUAUUAAAAAAGAUUAUUAUCUUAAAAUAAAACUAACAGUUAAGUCUUUUUAUUUCUUUUAAUCAAUUGUUCAUGUACUUUGUUGUUUAGAUUCUGCCUCCAUAUUUAUACUGUUCUGAAUCUUACGCAGACAAAUUUUGUAUUGAAGAUGACAUACAAUUGAUAUAAAUAAAUAAUCAUUGAACAGAUACUCAAGUCAAAAGUGACAUAUUUUGAGAUAUAAAAGUAAUUUACCCCGUUUGUUACUCAUUUUUAUAAUAAUCUCGUUUUUUGUAAGCACUAGACAAUUAAGCAUAAACAAAUGAGCAGGUGCUCCGUUUAAAGAUGGAUUAAAAAAUUGAUUAAAAAACAAAACUUUGUCUGAUUUUUAACUAAUUUGGAAAUUUUAACAACCCCCUUGAAAUAACUACAGGGUGAUCUGUUUCUGUAUUAUCUGGUUAUCAGCACCAUACAAGUAAUUAUGUUUUACCAUAUGAUGAUAUAUUUGAUAUCUUGCCAUGAAGUGUCUUCCCUUUAAUUAAUUAUUGCAAUAUACAAAAUUUUGAAUAGACAUCUGAAAUUUGUAAUAAUUACACUUGUAUUUUGUAGAACAUAUGAUUGUCAUAUAUAGCAAAUACUGGUACAUGUACUUGUGUUGGGUAUAGAUUGUCUUACAUAUUGAAUACAUACAGCAAGUAAUACACAUGUACCGGUAUGUUAAGUAUGUAUUAUGCUAGACAGACACAAUUUAGUAAAAUUCUGUUAUCUUUGUUGAAAUCCAGACAUAUGUUUUAUGCUUUGUAAAUAAUUUACAUUAUUGAUUGAUGAAAUAAACUUUAAAAG